CAAAAAUGGAGAUUAGAUUUGUUUUACUUGCGUGAGUGCAUGGCCCCCAUUAUUGGUAAACAUUGGGCCGAAAAUUAUCGCAUAAAAAUGGGGCGGAAUUGAACGUAUUUAUCCUAGAACGGUGCGCAAAUGUACGGGAAAUAUGAAGAGAAAAUUAAAUAUAUUGGAACUACGGCGCUUGAAGGAAUGUGAUCAGCAAAAUGUUGAUGGAUACAAUGUCUUUGGAGAGGGGGAAAUGGGGUCCCCCAGGAAGAAACGCUUACCGUCGGCGGUCAGCAACUGGCAUCCGAGCAGGACUCCCAAGAGCUCCCGAAAAGAAGAUCCACGCGAGCAUCAGAAUCUCAGCCGCGAGGAAAUAGCGCUUAUGCUUAUGGAAGUUUCGGAGAAAAUUGAUCGCUGUUCCGAUUUCGAUCUUCAGAAGUGGCUCAACCGAUACGAAAGUCUUAGUCAAGGGAGAACCAAUUUUCCGGAAGCUGCCAUGCUGAUUGUGAGUGCGGCACAGAUUUACGGUAGAAAGGUUGAUUAUUUGGAAGACAUUAUUCUGCAUAUGGAUCAGGAUCAGAAAGGAAGAGACGAUAGCAAAACGAGUGAGGAGCAGGAUAAACCGGUAAAACCAACGGGUAGAAGGCGAACGACUCGCUUUCAGCCACAAUCUCUGUCGGAUUGUUUCAGUGAUCUGGAUUUCACUUUUAACGAUAAAAAAACGGUUCCGAUCGGUUCAUUGGUAGCACGUGUAGAACCGAUCAGGGUCGACCAGAGAAACAAGUUUCAACAGAUGCAGGAGUUAUGUCACGAACUCCGAACAAUGCCGACUAAACAGCGAAGACAGGAGAUUUUGCACCGGUUGCGAGACGAAGCCAACAUUCCGCCCAUCAUGUCCAGUCAUAAGGCGGCCCGAAAAAAUCAGAUUCUAGAUUUGGAAUCCGGUGAAACCAUAGGAACUCGGUACGAUUAUCAGAUCUACUUAAACUUCAUCGAUGUUCGAACCGGAUCGUUAACUCCGGAGCACGAUCUGAAGCGAUUCUUCCAACGGUGCGAUGUAAUCGAUUAUUUGUUCGAACAGCAAGAGUGUGAACGGGAACGCUGCAAGCGUAGUGGAAUACCGGCGCCGGAGAAGGUUUUUCCGCUUAUGCCGCGCGAGUUCAAAAUGUAUAUUCCGCCCGACUAUUUGAAAAAUAAAUACCGCAUCCAAAUGAACGAUACUUCCGAUUUUGACAAUGAGUUGCAUCAAGCUAAGAUAAGCAAUUAUCAAGGAGAUCCUAUUCUAGAUUUGUUGAAAAGCAAGUUUGCUGUGAAGGUCAAUGAAAAAGUUUCCCAAAAAAGUCGCACAACAUCCUCGAAAUGUUCGUCACCCAAAUCGCCUACACCAGAAGUAUCGUUUUCCAGUGCUCUGUGUUCUACGAGAAUCGAGCAAAAUAAUAUGUCUCUUGAAAGUACAACUGAGGAGCAGGAUUCCGGUGCGUUUGACGAUGGCGGCGAAUAUUUGGAUGAUACCCCAACUACUGAACAAGAAACUUCGUUCGAUCAACCAACCUCCCUUGUACAAUCUACUAAAGAUUCAACCACUGCGCUUACCGAAUCUGAUAGCUCAGCUUAUCUCACAGCUCAAACAUCUGUCGAAUCAUCUCAACAACCAUCUAGAGUUUCAGAGAAAAUAACUGAGUCACCGGAAAACAACGAUUCUGCUGUGGAACCUGAGCACGAGUUGUCCACUCAAAAUCCAAAUAGUGACGCUUUGGUGAUAGAACCGCAAAAACCAUCAUUGAACGAAAGCAAUCGCCAAAACUCGAUAGAUAAUUUCAAAGAACAUUCACCGGAACCGGAACUGAUGGCACUUGAAAAUCAACCGGAAUCCACGGUGGAUCCCCGUCCAGCAGUAGUACAACCGACCAGUCAAUCGCGACUAAGCUACGAAGACGAAGGCAUCGGUCCGGAUCGAGACUCGCCGGGAAAGCAGUCAUCGCGGGAUUUGUCACGGACGACCUCCCUGGAUAAGCUGAGUGAUUGCAUCGGUUCGCUCCCGAAAACACCGGAACCAUCGAAGUCACCGUUCUUUGGCUCUGGAUCCGUCAUACCGAAAAGUGUACCGAUGCGGACAAUCACGAUCAAGCCGGCUCUGGUCACCUUGAACAUACUCAAAAUUCCCGAACUUCAGCUGAAAAAGCACCUGCUCUUUUCACUGCCCGUUGAGUACCGGAAGAUGAAAACCGAUUUGGUACGGAAAACCAGUAUCCGAAAGAAGGAAAAAAUCACGUUAGCCGUUUACAGUUUGAGCCCGCGGGCACCGAAAAAUAUGGAUUGGGUCAAUCGACCUACCACGCCGGAACCGGAAGAUUUCCACGGUUUCGAUGACCUGGCCGCCGAUGAUGAAGUGCUUGCCGAAUCGUUUGACAUGUACUUACCCAGCUCGACUCCGGUCAGCGACGGACAGCGUUCCAAUUAUUCACGCGCAUCAACCCCGGAAAGUGAUUUCUACGGAUUCGACAUCGACGACGACCGUGAAAAUGUCUUCCCAUCGGAACGGUUCACUGUUUCGGAGGCUCCACCAGCACUUACUGGGAUUGUUAGUUCACAGGAAACGGAAAUCGCACCACCGGAGGCGACGAGUUCGACGAAACGUUCGGUGGAAAAAGUGAAAACUGUUUUGCCUAAAGAGAAAGCGGAAAAGUCGCCGUCGGUAUCGCAACCAACGACACCGAAUCGUACGUUAUCACGUGACUCCGGAAUUUCAGACGACCAGAGUGAUCGCCGAGGGAGCCGCUCGAAGGAAAGCACACCGGAACCAACGUCGGUUCCGCAAGAAUGUCCCAUCGUUGUUAGCGAGCAAGUUCAGAACAAACCUGAAAAUAGAACUACAGAAGUUGAAGUGUCAAUACAGGAGGUUACGGUCAUCCCGAAUAAAAAAUACAUCCAAAGUGUGACCGAAGCGAAAGAAAUGAUCGAAAAAGUGAACAGCUGGCAUCGGAAGCUGAAACCGAUUUUGAUUCAGUCGGAGAAGCGCAAUCAUUUCGAUAUCCAUGCCUAUGGAACGGAAAUCAUCGAGUCGUUUGGUCCCGUAGAUCCGGUAAAUCCAACGCCAACCAUCAGCUUUGCUAAGGUGAUGCAAAACAAACAGGAAGAUUUUACGGCACGGUACUUCCUGUCCAUGUUGAUGCUUGCCAAUACCAACAACGUACACGUGUUCACCCGGAAUAAAGACUCCAACCGCCUAACCGAGAAAGAGGAUAUCGAGCUGCGUUUGCUGAGUAGAAAGCGGCAUCAUCAGGAGGUAGACUGUUUGGGUGAGAAGAUUCCCUGUGAUAACAAACCGGCUAGCAAACCGGCCAAACAGAAGAGUAAAUCAUCCCGGGGGACAAAACGAAAGAGGCUUGUGUCUGAUACGGACGAUGUGAUAUCAGAACAAAGUAAUAAAUUGACCGGAAUCUGCAGACUACAGGACGAUGAGGAAACGAAUCAUGAAUUCCUGGAUAAAAUUAGACGGAUCUAUCCGGACAUUAACAGUGAAGAAACGGUACGCAAACGGAUAGCGUUCCGUCGUGGCAUGCGCCAAUGUGCGUAUGGACUGUCAACGGAUGAAACUUCCAAGGAUCAACCGAUGGUGCAGGAAAUUCCCGUUAAACCUACAGCGCCACACAAGCCAUUGAACGAGGACAUAGAUGAGCUGUUAUCCGUAGAUUUAGUGACGAAUGAAGCCGUGAUGAUUCCAGCCGUCACCGAUCGGGACCCGUGUUGUUCUAGAAGCAUAUUUUCCUUAGGCGAAUCGGGAUAUGAAUCGAUCCUAGGGGAAGGUGAUUGUUAGUUUACACACUUUCUUAGCGCGUGUCUCAAUGUUGUCAUCGUAUUUUGCUCGAUAAGAGUAACUUUUUUUUUUUUAGAGAAUGAUUACAUUAGGCAAAAAGUUCACGAUGUUAGAAGUAAGUUUGAAACCAUUUCUUUCUUUCUGCUUUCAACCUAUCUCCUAAGUACAAAUUUAAUUGUAAAAUGACAACCCACACGGUCCUUAUUUUUGUUACGUAGAACUAUUGCGUUCUAAUAAUUUAGAUUGUUUCAAAGACCACAUAGCAGGUCCACUUGACGUACUCGAAUUUAUUUUCUUUACACCCGAAGUAAACAUUAAUUUAGCAUUUCCAUUUUCUUUAGUUUACACAUUUCAGUAUAUAUAUUUUUUUGCAUUUUGUUUUUUAUGCACUUUAAAGCUUUUACCUCUUAAGAUUACGUUUAAAUCGAUAGCACUCGCCGGUUAGAAUCCAGUGACAAAGCUCGUUUUGAUAGCUGAAUAUUUAUUUACAUAUGAACCACUGAUCAGCACUAUGCUUUCCAUGAAAAAAAAUAUUUUUAGUAAUAGAAUUUAGAUGUUUAGAUAACUACUCAGUGUUGCUAUCCCAGUCCACAGAGUUGUAUAUACAGCGUAAUGAGCGUUGACGAACAAAAACAAAAUUGGAAUAAUAUUGAAUAGUAUGGGAAAUAGCAGAGUUUAUUAUAAAAUCUGACAUUUAUUUUUUGUAAUAAAAACAAACUGAACUAA